GAGAGUACAGUCGCGCAAAUAUAACAAGAACAAGAAGGUUCCAGCAUUUUGCAGAGAUCGAAUUCUCCCAACAAUGGCGUCGAAGGUUUCUCUUAGGAGCAAGGGCAAGAGCUCCAAGGGUUCAUCCAAGUCAUCUGAGGAGAAAUCUGCAACCCAAUCCUUCAAGGAGUGGACUACUUGGGCCGUAAAGAAAGCUAAGGUCAUCACCCACUAUGGCUUUAUUCCUCUGGUUAUCAUAAUCGGCAUGAACUCUGAGCCUAAGCCUCAGCUCUCUCAACUUCUCAGCCCCGUCUGAUCUGAUUGCUUUCUAUACGUUGGUUUCCAAGAUUUAGCGCUUUUCAUCAUGGAUUGGUGCCUUUUCUGUGGAUUCACGACUUGGGUUUCUGUUUUAUAUGAAUGUUUUUGGGGGUGGGUUAGCGUAUAAAUUUUAGGCAAGUUUGGGUAUAAUAUUGGCAUGCUUGAACUACAAAGACAUGUAAUAGUUUGAGGUGAAAAUUUUGAUCUAUUUGUCAUUUCUUCUGAAAUAUCUGAUUAUGUUAUCACUUUGCUCUUCGUUUUUCCGAAUAUUGUCUGUUUAUCAAAAUAAUUGAACGAUAUUAGGGUUUAUUUGCGCUAUCUGAUCCGUCAAGGCUGUCUUGGAUGGAGAAUACAAGACUGAUAAUGGGCUGUACUAUCAAAAACCCCAUUUUGUAUUGUCUGUUUUCCAGCCUUCUGUUUCAAGUUAAUAGGAAUUGAUCAAGGAUUUACAGUCACCGUUGUAUAACUUGAUUCUAUUAUCUUUUGUUAUGUUCUAUUA